AGACGCUAAAAUAGUUUUGUUUUCGUUUCCGUUUUUGUAUAGUGCAUUAAUAUAAUGGCUGAAGAUGAUGAGGAAGUUGCACACAGAGCGGUGGGAUCGGCAGUGCGUAAGGCAGAAGACGAAACCGCCUUUCUUGAAUACAUAGAAAUGGAGAACUUCAAGUCUUACCGUGGUCACAUUGUUGUGGGUCCUUUGAAGCAAUUUAAUGCCGUUAUUGGGCCUAAUGGCUCCGGCAAAUCAAACUUUAUGGACGCCAUUAGUUUUGUAAUGGGCGAAAAGACUUCAAGCCUGCGUGUAAAACGUUUAAACGAUCUCAUACAUGGCUCCUCUAUUGGAAAGCCAGUGGCGCGAAGUUGCUAUGUGACUGCUAAAUUUAUUCUGGAUGGUCAAAAGCAUAUGGAUUUUCAGCGGGCUGUUAUUAGCGGUUCUUCCGAGUAUCGAAUCAACAACGAGAGUGUCUCGAGCAAUACGUACCUGAAUAAGUUGGAGAAACUGGGCAUCAAUGUCAAAGCAAAAAACUUCUUAGUUUUCCAAGGUGCCGUGGAAAAUAUAGCCAUGAAAACGCCCAAAGAGCGAACUGCACUGUUUGAGGAAAUUAGUGGAUCGGGUCUGCUGAAGGAUGACUACAAUCGCCUGAAACAGGAAAUGAUUGUCGCAGAGGAAGAGACGCAGUUUACGUAUCAAAAGAAGAAGGGUAUUGCUGCCGAACGUAAAGAGGCAAAGCACGAGAAAAUGGAAGCUGAGCGCUACACUCGUCUACAGGCUGAAUAUAAUGAGAAACAAGUAGAAUAUCAAUUGUUCCGCCUAUUUCACGUUGAAAAAGACAUACAAAAGUACGUUGCCGACCUGGAGGUAAAGCAGCAAGAGCUGAAAGCAGUGGAACAGCGAAAAGAAUCAGCUGACGAAGUGCUGCGCGAAAAGAAAAAGGAUGCUGGUAAAAUAUCACGAGACUUGGCAAAAAUAGAGCAGGAAAUACGCGAAUUUGAAACACAACUUAACAAACGACGGCCGCUUUACAUUAAAGCCAAGGAAAAGGUAACGCAUUGCAAGAAGAAGCUGGUAUCAUUGCAAAAGACUCUAGAGACGGCUCGUGAGGCGGACAAUGCGCAUCAGCAGGAUAUACAGAAAUUAGAAAAGCAAUUGAAUGAUGUGGAAGUUCUUAAAAAGCGCUUUGAGGAUGAAAUUGAAAAUGAAUCUCAGCGGCGUGGCAAAAGUGUCAACAUGGAGGAGGGACUUGUGCAGGAAUAUGAUCGACUGAAGCAGGAAGCUGAGGCCACCGCUACACAAUACCGCUCCGAGUUGGAUUCUGUAAAUCGCGAGCAAAAAUCCGAGCAAGAUACGCUGGAUGGUGAAACAAAUCGACGAGCUUCUGUGGAGGAAUCCUAUAAGAAGCUAUCACUACAGCGUGACGAGGCCGUUAAGCGGCGUGAUAAGCUCAUGGAUCACAUUAAGUCAUCGCAGGCAGCGCUGGAAGAGCAGAAUCGCAUUAAGGACGAGUUGCGUCGCGAUGUGGGCAGCUCAAAGGAGAAAAUUGCUGAGAAGCAGCGUGAGCUGGAGAAUGUACGCGAUCAGCUGGGAGAUGCCAAAAGCGACAAGCACGAAGAUGCGCGGCGCAAAAAGAAACAAGAAGUGGUAGAGCUUUUCAAAAAACAGGUGCCGGGCGUCUACGAUCGCAUGAUCAACAUGUGUCAGCCCACGCACAAACGUUACAACGUGGCCGUCACCAAAGUGCUAGGCAAAUUCAUGGAAGCCAUCAUUGUGGACACUGAGAAAACCGCGCGUCAUUGUAUUCAGAUACUGAAGGAGCAAAUGCUGGAAGUGGAGACAUUUCUGCCACUUGACUAUUUGCAGGUGAAGCCGCUAAAGGAGCGUUUGCGCAACAUAGACGAGCCGCGUAAUGUGCGCCUGGUAUUCGAUGUGCUCAAAUUCGAGCCACCGGAGAUUGAGCGCGCUGUCUUGUUUGCCACUGGCAAUGCUCUGGUUUGCGAGACACCUGAGGACGCCAUGAAGGUGGCCUAUGAAACCGAUCGGUCGCGUUAUGAUGCCUUGGCACUGGAUGGCACCUUUUACCAAAAGUCUGGCCUUAUCUCCGGCGGUAGUCAUGAUUUGGCACGUAAGGCUAAACGAUGGGACGAGAAGCAUAUGGCACAGCUAAAGAUGCAGAAAGAGCGCCUCAACGAAGAGCUCAAGGAGCUGGUUAAAAAGUCGCGCAAGCAGAGUGAAUUGGCCACUGUUGAGUCGCAAAUAAAGGGCUUGGAAAAUCGACUCAAGUACAGCAUGGUGGAUUUGGAAUCUUCAAAAAAAUCCAUCAGCCAAUACGACAGUCAAUUGGAGCUGGUGCAGGAACAGUUGGAUGAAUGUGUACCUAAAAUAACUGAAAUUGAGCGCCGCAUGCAAGAACGGGAGGAGCAAAUACAGGAAAUAAAGGAGAAUAUGAACAAUGUGGAGGAUAAGGUAUUUGCAGCCUUCUGUACUCGCCUGGGCGUGAAAAAUAUUCGUCAGUAUGAAGAGCGUGAGCUGGUUAUGCAACAGGAGCGCGCACGCAAGCGCGCCGAGUUCGAGCAGCAGAUCGAUGAUAUAAAUACACAGCUAGAUUUUGAGAAACAGAAGGAUACGCGCAAGAAUGUGGAGCGAUGGGAACGCAGCGUACAGGAUGAAGAAGAUAUGCUGGAGGGCUUAAAGGCGGCCGAAGCGCGCUAUCUAAAAGAAAUGGACGAGGAGAAGGAGAAAAUGGAAAAGUUUAAGCAGGAGAAACAAGCUAAGAAGCAAGCUGUUGAUGACAUGGAAGAGGAAAUAUCUAAGGCACGUCGCGAUGUUGCUAACUUGGCCAAGGAAAUUCACAAUGUGGGCAGCCAAAUGUCAUCGGUUGAGUCGAAAAUCGAAGCGAAGAAAAACGAGCGACAAAACAUUUUGUUGCAAGCCAAAACAGAUUGCAUUGUGGUUCCAUUGUUGCGUGGCACGCUAGACGAUGCAGUACGUCAAAGUGAAACGGACAGUAUUGAGCCCUCCACAUCUGCAACAUCCGCUAUGAGCGAAAAUCCCAUUGAGGUGGACUAUCGCUCGUUGCCACGUGAACUUUGCAAGUUAAAAGACGACUCUGCCUUCAAGAAGACCAAUGAGCAGCUACAAAAGGAUCUGCAAGCCAAGUUGGACAUUCUGGAGCGCAUACAAACACCCAAUAUGAAAGCCAUGCAAAAAUUGGAUCUGGUUACGGAAAAAGUGCAGUCGACCAAUGAGGAAUUUGAAAAUGCGCGAAAAAAGGCCAAGAAAGCUAAAGCUGCAUUUGAAAAGGUUAAGAAUGAGCGCUCAGCAAGAUUUGUGCAAUGUUGCCAGCACAUUUCCGAUGCUAUUGAUGGCAUUUACAAAAAACUGGCGCGCAACGAAGCCGCCCAAGCUUAUAUAGGACCAGAUAAUCCCGAGGAACCCUAUCUUGAUGGCAUCAAUUACAAUUGUGUAGCGCCUGGCAAACGUUUCCAGCCCAUGAGCAACCUAAGUGGUGGCGAGAAAACCAUUGCUGCUCUUGCAUUGCUUUUCUCUACGCACAGUUAUCAUCCGGCACCGUUUUUUGUGCUUGACGAGAUUGAUGCUGCCCUGGACAACACAAACAUUGGCAAAGUUGCCUCAUAUAUAAGGGAUCAUACUACAAAUUUACAGACAAUUGUCAUAUCAUUGAAGGAGGAAUUCUAUGGACAUGCUGAUGCUUUAGUGGGCAUUACACCUGCUGAAGGCGAUUGUCUCAUAUCUAAUGUCUAUAUAGUUGAUCUGACCUGCUUCGAAGACAAAUAAAGUGACAAUUAGAGCAUAAGUUUUACUUUAGAAUGCAGCACAAUGUUUCCAUAAGAUUAAAAUUCAUAUUAAUAUGCUGAAGCUGAACCACCCCUCGGUUCCUUGUAAUGGGAACACAAUUAAGUUAAAACAAA